AGUUUCAAAGAACAUGGCUGGUAGCAAUGGUCUUAGUUAUUGAGCUAGCUGUACGAUUUCUUUGCACUUGUCAACAAAAAUAUUAAUAUUGGACUCAUUAUUUAAUAAAUAAUACGUUAUUAGUCAAAAGUAUAUAAUAUUAUGGCAACUGCUAUUCAGAAAAAUAGCAUGAAACCUUUAACGAAUAGAUCUUUAAAUCAUGUAGAAAAUGUUGAAAAUUUAGAUAACAGUGAUAUAUGUACAGAAAGUAAAGAUAAUGGACUCUUCAAAGAAGAUAUACAGACAUGUAUGUCUGAUCCCGAUCAAGAUACACCAGAGCUUGAUAUUGUUAUAAAUAAUGUAGUAUGUAGCUUUAGCGUAAGGUGUCAUCUUAAUUUAAGAGAAAUUGCUCUGCAUGGUUCAAAUGUUGAGUACAGAAGAGAAAAUGGAAUGAUCACAAUGAAGUUGCGAAGACCAUACACAACUGCUUCUAUUUGGUCUUCAGGAAAAGUAACUUGUACUGGUGCAACUAGUGAACUAGAAGCAAAAGUAGCAGCACGUAGAUUUGCGCGUUCCCUUCAAAAACUUGGCUUUAAAGCACGGUUUAAUAAUUAUAGAGUGGUUAAUGUAUUAGGUACAUGCUGUAUGCCGUUUGCCAUCAAAAUAACAUCGUUUUCUUUAUAUCAUAAAGAUAAUGCGGAUUACGAACCAGAAUUACAUCCUGGUGUAACAUAUAAAUUGAAAGAACCAAAAGCAACGUUAAAAAUAUUUGCUACCGGAAGUGUUACAGUAACAGCACCUAAUGUUGCUGCUGUUCAAGCUGCAAUAGAAUAUAUCUAUCCGCUAGUCUAUGAAUUUCGCAAGGAACGUUCAGUAGAAGAUAAGAUAGCACUGGAAACCAAGAAACGCAGACAUGGUAGAAAGAGAAAACGAGAAGAGUUCCUACAUAAUACGGAUCUAAUAUAUGAUCCUUUGUUAUCUCCUUCAUCUUCUUCCAUUGAAGAAGGAGCUGACAGUGAUGCCAGUUGGAACUGAACUGUUUAUAUUAUUAUUUUUCUGUUAAUUAUAAAACAAUUAUGUGUAUAUUUCGUUCGAUUAAGAACGAUUACCAAUUGCACUGGACAAUUGCUGCUGCUAAGAGUGAUGAAGUGAUGCAUAUUUCAUUUUCUUAGUGUCUGACAAGUGCGUGAGUGUCAAAAACAAUAGUGUACAUUAAUGUGCACUUAAACUUGUAAUUAUCUUUGCACUUAUCAAUUUGACUGACUUAUGUUUUUAAAGUAACAUCCCUCAUAUUUUCAUUCUACUCAUACAACAAUAUAUUAAACAUACAUCUCUCCAAGGCAUGUACAUAUGGCAUAUGUCGUUCUUAUGUAUACACUAUCAUUCAGUUUUUUGAAAAUAAUAUUUGGGAUGUAUUUAGUAAUAUUUUUGACAAGACUUAGUUUAUAUAAGGGAUCACUUGAUUGUAUUUAUGAUUUUAUGGAUUAUACAAAUUCAAAUUAGGUAACAGAAAAAAAAGUAUACAUAUAUACGUUCUGUUGAUUUUUAAGUUGCAUACUACAAUUUUUGGGCUAUAAGAUAGACAAGUAUCAACGUUAAUAAUUGAUUGCUAAUACGUAUAUUUUUUUUUCUUUUACAAUUUUCUUUUUGUUUUUUUUUUUUCCUCUAUUUUUAAUUACAUACAAAUUAUUCUUGUCUGUUUAAGUUAACGAACGUAUACUGUGCCAAAGAUGGAUGUUCAAAAUUUGACAUGAUACAAUUGAAACAACAAAACAAACGAAACUACAAAUUAAUUUUUCACCGCUGUAACAUUUAGCUUUUUCAUUAACAUAGUCUGCUUUAAUGGAUAUGAUAGUUUUUUAAUAUAAUAAUCUAUAUUUUGCGAUGUUUCCGGAAAGAAUAUAUAAUAUCGUUAAUUCAUCAGACUGUAUCAAGCAAUUAGUACAUACUUAAUAUAUAUAUACAUAGUAUAUAUAUUUAAGUAAUAUUUAAGUUUGUAUAAUCAACAUUAAUAAUAGCCCAUUCUCGAUCAAACACAUGACAGAUUUAUUUAAUACAUUCAGAUCAAUCAGUUAUCUACUAUGUACUAUCAUUGCUAUUGUUAUAUUCUGUAAUUAUAUAGCUUAUGAAUAUAGGUCAAUGACAUUCUCAGCAAUGUUAACUUGCUAACACUUAUGUGUUAAUUAUUUUGUAUAUGAAAAUUAGGAAGUUAUAUUAUUA